UACGAAAUAAAACUCCAUCCACGGAGGGGUGUUUUUGUCAUUUUAUAGUUUUCUUCUACAAUUUUAUCCUUCAAGUGGAGUGCAGUCACCGUUCAGUUAUUCUCACCGCAGCCAUAGCAAGCGUCAGUGCUCUAAUGGCGAUUAGAAGCUGAGAAAAUCGAAUCCGCCCGACAGAUAUAUAAGCGGAGAAAAGGGGGCCGUGAAUAGAGGCUUCGUUCCUUUCUUCCUCGGUUCCUUGGGGGAGCCCAAACGAUGGGAGAAUCCAGCGACUCGGUCUCGGUGGAUGUGGAGAGGUUCUCCUUUGGCGGAAAGGAACAUCAUGUGCUAACUCGUCAUGGUCCCCUGUCAGUUUGUGUUUAUGGAGACCUGGAAAAGCCUGCGCUUGUUACUUACCCAGAUGUUGCCUUGGACUAUAUGGCUUGCUUUCAAGGAUUAUUCUUUUGCCCUGAAGGUGUUUCUUUGCUGCUUCAUAAUUUCUGCAUAUAUCAUGUCAAUCCUCCAGGACAUGAGUUAGGUGCGGUUGCUAUUUCUUCUUGUGAUCCAUUACUCUCAGGUGAUCAGUUAGCUGACCAGAUUGCCGAUGUGCUUGAUUUCUUUGGGUUAUACUCUGUCAUGUGUUUGGGGGUCACUGCAGGAGCCUAUGUCCUUACUCUUUUUUCAUCAAAAUACAAGGAACGUGUUUGUGGUUUGAUACUUGUUUCACCUUUAUGCAAAACACCCUCAUGGAAAGAAUGGUUGUCUAACAAGGUGAUGUCAAAUAUUCUGUACUUUUAUGGAAUGUGUGGCCUAAUCAAGGAAUGGCUGAUUCAACGAUACUUCAGCAAGGAAAUUUGUGGAAGUUGGCAGGCUCCUGAAUCAGAAAUUGUCCAAGCCUGUAGAUGUGUGCUGGAUGGGCGGCAAAGUUCCAACAUUUGGCGAUUUCUUCAGUCGAUGAAUGACCGGUGUGACUUAACAGAUGCACUAAAAAAGCUUCAGUGUAGGACACUCAUCUUUGUUGGCGAGCAUUCUCCUUUUCAUUCAGAUGCCCUCUACAUGGCCGCCAAAAUGGAUGGGAAAUACAUUGCAUUAGUCGAGGUUCAGGCAUGUGGAUCACUUGUGACUGAAGAGCAGCCUCUUGCAAUGCUGAUAACCAUGGAGUACUUCCUUGCAGGCUAUGGUUUGCACAGGCCGAGCCAACUAAAUUGCAGUCCUCGCAGCCCUCUCAGUCCCUCACACAUCUCGCCUGAGCUGCUCUCACCCGAGAGCAUGGGAGUGAAGCUGAAGCCAAUCAAGACUCGCAUCUCACUUGAAGUUUGAACUGUCAACUCAGAGUCGAUGCAUGGUCUUUGGCCAGGUGAAGGAUUACUCAAACCUGCAUCAUCAGUCUUGUAUGAAAAUUCUAGAUUCUAUACGGAAACAAAUAAGGGCAAGAAUUUCUCUUUAUAGGAUGAGCUUUUAUUUCAUUAAUUCAGUUCCUAACCUGUAAAUCUUCCUUGUUUACUUGAAAGAUUAAUAAUGAAACAGAAA